AUGCACUAUUCAGAUGUAUACGGGUGGAUCGCUGAGGAAGUGCGCUCAGCAUUCCCCGACUCUUCACAGUUUAUAUCGUUUGCUGAUGCCAAAAAUAAGCUACCAUUCCUUUCUGCUGUCAUCGGCGAAGGCCUGUGUCUCAACCCAGCAUUUGCAAAUAUGCUCCAACGCUGUGUCCCAGCAGAUGGUGUCACUAUUCAGGGUUACUUCACUCCAGGUGGUUCAAGUAUUGGUGUCUCAAUUGCAGCCUGCCACCCCAAUCGAUGCCUUUGGCCCAAUCCUGACAGGUUUGACCCUGAGUACUUCCUUGGAGCAGAUGGAACUGAAAAGGAUAAGGAUAUACCUACAUUUAGCUCAGGGGUACGGCUUUCGCCAAUGUCCUACACAGGUAUGAUUUUCCCUGUCAACCAACAUGCCAUAUGA